CCGAAGUGCUUCUACAGCUACGUGUAGAGGUUUUUAAUCUCUGUGACAGAAAUCCUAUCUGGGAUUAUCCUGCUGGAAAACGACGGUUUGCACAAGCAAGCAAACCGCGUCAUAAUCACGAUUGUCACGAUUCCUUCAACGCUUGGCCUUUUCCCUCGUUGCCAGCGUCACAGCGCCUUUCCAAAGGUUCCUGUGUAAACAGUGUUUACCCCGGCAAACAUUUGGAUGAAGGCAGUGCGAUACAUAACCAGCUUCCCGGCCUCGCCUCUCGCAACCACAUAAGCUCGCUCCGAAAUCUUUGGGGCUCAAGCAAGGCCAUUUAGCCCCGAGCUACUCCACCACACACAAACUUUCGGGCUUCUCUUCCCAGCCCUCGCUUCCUUCCGCAAUCAGCUCAUCCUUUUCAACCAUGACCACGUACGCGCAACCUGAAGGCUUCAGCGCCGUCCAGCAGCACGAUCCAGAUGGAUACGCAGAGUCUGCGCCCAGUACGCCAACCAUCUCUCGAGAUCCCAGUACAUCGACUACACGCGACUUCGGCCUCUCUCCGACCUUCAUCGCAAACCCCUAUGACCCCUCCAUGAGCGAGCACAGGGGAUCGAUCAGCCACGAACCCGUAGUGAUCCCGCGCCCACGUCCACCCAAAACUGAACAAUACCAGGACCUCGGUCAUCUACGAGGUCUGGCACCUCCGAACGCCUCCUUCCGCAACUCGGAACGGACGAUGAGCAUAGCGGGUUCGACAAACUCGCGGAUGUCCCUCUACGAGUUCCACCAGCCGAAACAAGAGCCAAUCGAUGCCGAAUCCAUCAGCAUCUACGACUACCCCGUGUUCUUCCUCUCUGCCUCCGUGUUCGCCUCUUCAGUUCUCUACCUCUUUUACGGAGGUAUUCGACUCCUCUCCCGACCAGACGUUCGCAAGCACAGCGUCAACUCAGCCGCGAUCGCCGCGGCGGCGCUCUCCUUCCCGUUCAUGCUCAUCACCGGCGCCAUCGCACUGGAACGCAAAUUGCACGAGCUAAAACAACGUCGGAAACACAUCAAGAAAAGUCGAUCUAGUUGGUCCAAGCGUCCGAUCCUAUUGUUCGCGACGUUCCUGGCGUGGUUCACCGCGUUCCUAUGGGGUGCAGGGUUCAUCGGGAUGAUCGUCGUUCAUACCGACUAUGAACCACAUACGCAUCGACACCUGAGGAAUCGACCUGAACACGUGGGGUUCGGCAAGGACUGGAAGAAAGGAGAGAAACUUGGAGCGGCUAUUUUUACGAGUCAGGGCGGUAUCUUGCAGAUACCCGUUAUCCUUUCGAUGGUGACAUUUGUGCUGUCGGCGACACUUGCGAUUGUCCAGCUCAUCCAGUACAGAGUGUCGAGACCCAAAAUUCGGGACAGGGAAGUCGUGGAUCCAGACUUGUAGAUCGAUCGAUGAACGGACGGACUAGUAAAUUAACGCUGCAUGGGACUUGUUAUUAACACUGUUUUACGAACAAUUACGAGCUAUUUUAUUCUUUC